CGGUUUGUUUGUCAAGCAUAUUAGUUGGAGAGUAGUGCUUGCUUUGGCAUUUUCUGUACAUUUUAUACUAAACAACAACAACAACACAAAAAAUACUAAAAUAAACAAAAGCACCAACCGACUGAAUAAACAAAACACAACAAUAACAACGUUAGCAAGAGGAAGUAUUCUAUAAAACCAAAACAAUGUCGACUACACAUCGGCAAUCAAUACAUUCCAUACAUAAUAAGAAAUUUUGGACAGAAUUCUUUUAUCUAUACGAAUCGUUGCCGGCCCUCUGGGACAUGAACAAUCCGCUGUAUAAGAAUCGCCAGGUGAAAUGUGAUGCCUACGACAUAAUGGUCGAUAAGUUGAGGGAGAUUGAACCGAAUGCGGAUCGUGAAGAUGUUUUGCGUAAAAUCAAUAUAUUUCGCACAAACUAUAGACGUGAGUGUUCACGCAUUAACACGAGUCUACAGGAAGGUAAACAUUACCAGUCUACAUUAUGGUAUUUUGAUUUAUUGUGUUUUCUACAAACGACCGAUACGCGACGUGAUAGAAAACGUAAAUUGGAUGAUGAUGGUGAGAAAAGUAUAAUGCGUAAACGACGUGGCAACAACAUUAUGCAUAACUCCUCCGAUCAGUUUAUGAUUACUCCAAAAAAGGAACAUCUAAUCGAAUAUCCAACACAUUCCACGCACGAAUUUGAGUAUGAUCUCGAUGAGGAUCCGGAUUAUGACUAUGUACCCGAUGAAUUAGCACAUACGCUAGUAGAAUCUAAAAGUGAUAGUACCUCAGAAAUACAACAAAAUCCUUUAGAUGAUGAAGACGAACAGUCGCAACAAGACUAUCAACGUCAUCAAGAUGAAUUUCAGAGUUACGCAUUACAACGAAAUAUUCAAACAAAUAAUAAUCAAAAAAUCCAACUUACCGGCGAAAUUAUUACCACAGAGACCUCGCUAGAAAUGAAUGAUGAAUCUCAAGAGCAACACGAAUUCCAGGAAUAUGCUGCCGACAAUGAAAAUGAAACGAUGCAAACUGCUCAAUGGUGUAUAAAGACAACAAAUGCUCAAAACAUAGCAUCAAUACAAAUGCAGAAACCGGAAUUACAUAGUGCUACGAACUGUGUAAACCUUAAUGAAACAAAAUUUGUGCGAGAUGUUAAAACAAUGACUUCAAGUAACUCCCAACACUGUUGCAGUAAACUUUUAGAAUCAUCCGAAAUUUUGGCCAAAUCAUGGGCUAUACAGUAUGGUGAACUGUCUCAAGAUCAAAAACUUUUGGCACGCAAAGCUAUCAGUGAUAUACUCUUUGAGGGAUGUAUGGGUAAUUUAGCUAUAGGCAGCAAUGGUCGUGUUACUAUCGAUGGUGCAGAUUAUAGAAAUGUAAAAACUAAAGAAAGUUCCGUAAAUGAUGAUGUUGAAAGUGGUGAAAUUUAUGAACAGUCAACAAACGUAGCAACGCCUACAAAGUCUGGUAUAGGAGCUGGUGCAACUGGAAGUGUAGCCUCUACUUCUAAAGUUCAUACGGCUGAUGAAUGGCUAAAAUUAUGAUUAGUUGGUAAAUGUAAGCUAAUGCAACAGAGAUAUUUAUUAAAUAGUACUUAAAGGUAAUUUAAUUAGCAUAUUAUUUUGUAUAUUAAAGAAAAAUAUAUUAAACCAAUUAAUGACUAUUGUUCGAUUAAUCAAACAA